AUGUUUUCCUCACGAUUGAAUUACUCUAACCGCCAUGAAUGUGUUGCUGGAAGAGACAGUGGUGGACUUGCUGGAGCUUCUAGCAAGAUCAAUCGGCGUCUGAGAGCACUAUUUGAUCCUUACGCUGCAGAGGAAGCUCUCCGUCUGCGACAAACAUGCUCGCGUCUUCGUGCUGUUCCUUGGGCCACUGCUUCUUCAGAACUCCCUCUUGAGUCUCGUUCUUCGUCCCUCUGGUUAGAGCACUAUCCCCAUGGCAUUCGGUACCACUGGAGCGGCAGGAACCUCGCUGAAUGGAACUUUCGAUGA